CGGAGUGGCGGGCGGGGCCGAGUUGAGGGAAGCCGCUCCGGACACCCCCACCCCGGCACGCCUCAGUGGUGCCGGCCAAAGGAAGGACUGGCGACUGCGGGGCUCGCGCCGCUGUCAGUGCGGCGGGGUGCGCGAGCAGCUCGGCGCAGGGUGGGCAGAGCAGAGAGAAGCUGAGGGGGCGGUAGCGACGGCAGCGACUCCCGCGCGUGUAUUCAGUUCCUCACGCUGCGGCCGGGGCCGCCUUUUUCCUCCCUCCCUCGCUCCCUCCCUUCCGCCCCCGAGUGCGGCGGCACCGCCUCCUUCCGCGCCGCGCGGCUUCCUCCAGAUCUCUCAGGGCGGGUGAGCCCUCUUCCCUGAGACAGUUGGUGCUGACCCUGUAACGCAAAAGAGGAAAUUGCUGGCUGAGCUCAGCCUUGGUACUGGUGAGUGAGAGUGCCUAGGCAAACUCUGGGCAAACUUGGGCCAAGAUACAAGGUGACCACCAUGUCCUUGAAGAUCCAGACAAGCAACGUAACCAACAAGAAUGACCCCAAAUCCAUCAACUCUCGGGUUUUCAUCGGAAACCUCAACACAGCUGUGGUGAAGAAGUCUGAUGUGGAGACCAUCUUCUCCAAGUAUGGCCGUGUGGCCGGCUGUUCUGUGCACAAGGGCUAUGCCUUUGUCCAGUAUGCCAAUGAGCGCCAUGCCCGGGCAGCUGUGCUGGGAGAGAAUGGGCGGGUGCUGGCUGGGCAGACCCUGGACAUCAACAUGGCUGGAGAGCCAAAGCCCAACAGACCCAAGGGGCUAAAGAGAGCAGCAUCUGCCAUAUACAGUGGCUACAACUUUGACUAUGAUUACUACCGGGACGACUUCUACGCCAGGCUCUUCGACUAUCGGGGCCGCCUGUCACCAGUGCCAGUGCCCAGGGCAGUCCCUGUGAAGCGACCCCGGGUCACAGUCCCCUUGGUCCGACGUGUCAAAACCACCAUACCUGUCAAGCUCUUUGCCCGCUCCACAGCCAUCACCACCACCGGCUCAGCCAAGAUCAAGUUAAAGAGCAGUGAGCUGCGUACCAUCAAGACAGAGCUGGCCCAGAUCAAGUCCAACAUCGAUGCCUUGCUGGGUCGCUUGGAGCAGAUUGCCGAGGCGCAGAAGUCCAAUCCAGAUGGCAAAAAGAAGGGCGAGAGUGGCAGUGGCAGUGGCAGCGCCAUCGGCAGUGGCAGUGGCAGUAGUGGUGGCAGCAGCCGGCCACCGGCCCCCCAAGAGGACACAGCUGCUGAGGCAAGCAUGCCCCAGGGAGAAGCAAAGGCUCGAGACGACGGUGAUGAGGAGGGGCUACUAACACACAGCGAGGAAGAGCUGGAGCACAGCCAGGACACAGAUGCGGAGGAUGGGGCCUUGCAGUAAGCAGUCUGACAGGAGCAAUGGCCACCAGCAGGAGAAGGGCGUACACUGUACCAGGCCUCAAGCAGGGCACCCACCCCUGGAUAACCACCCCCAGCGGGUCCCAGAGGAGAGCUGGCAGCAGGCACCACCUCCCUCACGGGUCCCAGCCAGUGCCACAUUCUCUGCAGGUGGAGUUAUCAGCAUCCCCUUCUCAUGUACCCUCCCUCCCUGUUGGCACUGCCCAGGCCAGAGGGCAAAGAACAGAGUUUCCCUACACUCUGCUUCCCCUCCCCAGGACACUCCCAGGCUUGGGGUUUUUCUAUAGGUUUGGAGGAGGGUGGGGCCCACGGGGAGGGGACCCUGACAAUAAAGAGAUUGGAUCCCAAUUUGCUCUGAGAUGG